AUUAUGGGUUAGUGCAUUUAUAGAUAAGUAUGUAUCAUGAUAAGUAGCGUGCAGUGUGAUAAACGAACGGUUUGUACUAAUGAACAUUUGGCGAAUUUGUUGAUUCUAUCCGUAAUUAUGUAGGACUACCAACGUAACCACUGCAUACAUAGGUAUCAUGAGAAACAUAGAGAUGAACGAUGAAUAUAAGAGACGCCGUACGCGUGGUGGCGUUGUUGGCGCUGGCGACGUGUGUAACCACAGAAAUGUGUCCUGCAACCACUAGAGUGCCGGUAACAUGCUCCUUACAGAGUGGCACGGAGAUCGAGCUCUCCUGGAGUAUUCGCGAAUACAUCACAGUAGAGUGCCUCGACAAUGGCACCUUCAGCUGCGCCGAACUACCGAAACUGAGUAUACCCGUCUUACCAACAAGGGUAAUGAUCGACAAUUGCGUGCUGCCUACCUAUGAGUCACUUAGCUGCACAUUUCAAGUACUUGGCGCAUCUGGCGCCACCUUACUCACACUGCGCGGACCUCAUUCUUUCCUCAAACCAGAACAUGUCCAAGGCCUACAUCUUUCCACGCUCAAUUUAAAAGGUUCAACGUUCGAUGAGCCUUAUACACCGCUAGAGCUACCGACAUCCGCGCUAGCAGCUCUAUCGUCGCUGCAAAAGCUCGUAGUGACUAAUGCCCGCUUAAACCUGUCGCCUGAUUCUCUGGCAGGUGUUUCUCAAUUGAAGCACCUGGAACUAUCCUCGAGCGAUAUCACAGGACUUAACCAAAGUGUCUUUCGAGAGCUGAAGUCGCUACUCACUCUGUCGUUGUGGGGUAAUGAUCUGCGUGAGUUGCAAAGUGGCACUUUUGAUGGAUUACAGUCGCUGCAGAGCCUUGAGCUGUUCGACCCGUUGCAAUCUUUAGAUGAAGGUGUUUUCGCGGCGGCGGAAAACCUGCGGGAGCUACGGCUAGAAAAUAUAGAGCUGGAUGAGCUGAGUCAAGCGGCGUUGCGUGAUCUGAAUGAACUUGAAUAACUGAU